GAUGAUUUCUUUUUCUUUACAGUCUUAAUUUUUUUCAGGGGAAGUCUUUCUAGAAGGUGAUUCUAUAUACACAGUGUAUUUAUAUUGCCUUUUGAACAGCAACUUCCAGAACCAUGCCAAACAAUGGCACAACUGAUCCUUCUACUUCAUCACCAAAGCCGAGGGAUGAAGACACUAAAGAGUUUCUCUUUAGUACUGAUGACGGAAUUUUGAGCAAGGCCUCUGUGGAGCCCCCACUCCCCUCGGAGAAUCCUGUCCUUGAACCAGAAGGGCUCAGUUUUUAUAAUAUGGACCUCUAUGGGUCAAGUGAGAGGUUGGAUAUCUUCACAGAAGAGUUGCCUUCAAGCACAGAGAAUGACGGUCAGUUUUUAGAAAUGGGAGGAACAAUGAAAAUUAUUCAUAGAACAGAGGAAGAAGAGUAUGAUUUGUACAGUGCGCAGGUGAGUGAAAUGGCCAAACAGUAUGGCAUGUGGGAUGAGAAGGAUGAAACAGAAGAAGAGAUAGGCUUUCCAACCCAAGAGUCACACGUCAUUGAUAAGGGUGCGUUUCCAGAAGGUGAAAUUAAACCUGAAUUUAAGCCCAGUGAAAGCUCUUAUUCUGCAAAGAAAGGCGGUAUUUGUAAGUCUGCUGCCGUUGAUGAAGAUUUCCCUUUGGAAACCCAUGAAUCUUUAACUUUUCAGCCAUGCUUUCCAUCAGAAAGUGACAGCCAAAGGCUUGAGGAAGAGUACAUCUCAAAUAGUGACGAUGUGUUUCAUGAAAAGAGCAUGCAUUUGUCUGAUGUGGUAUCUGCUGUGAAGCAAUUGCAUGCCCCAGCUCUACAGAAGGAGGUCUUUAGCCAGUGGGAAGAUGAAGCCCAGGAAGACUUUACAAUGGAUAGCACGGCAGCAAAAGAUGAGCAGACUGGGCCAGAAGAAGGUUCAGAAGACGAUAUGCCAGAUGUGUACUGCAUCGAAUGUAAACUCCCAAUCAGAGCUUUUGAGAAGUUGUUUGGGAUUCACAAAGAUCAUAAUGUGACAAAAAUAUCAAAUGCUGCAGAAGACAUAAAGACAGACAUUCAUAAAAACAUGUGCAAGCUGGAGGAACAGAUAGCCCAGAUGGAAAAUUUUGCAAGUCAUUUAGAAGAGAUCUUCAUCACUGUUGAGGAGAAUUUUGGGAGGCAAGAGCAGAACCUGGAGCAGCAUUACAAUGAAGUCAUUCAGACUCUAACUCAACGGUAUGAGGAGAAGACCUCCAAGCUGGAAGAGGAGAAGAAGCAAAAGCUGGAGUCACUGUACGGUCAGCUGAUAGACUGUGGGAAAACACUGGAUGUUUCCAAAGAAAUGAUCGAAAAUGCACAGGAGAUUUACAGGAAUGAAGAAAAGAUUGCUUUUCUUGAGGCUGUCGUUCCAGCUGUUGACAGGUUAAAAGAAAGUAUUGAAACUGAACUGGAUACCAAGCUGUCUGCCUCUAUGGAGUUUGAAAACAGCGAGAUCGAUUUUUCAGAUGUCAGGCAGAUGAUGGACUCUAUCAACAUUGUGCCAGCCCCAUCAGCUCCUGUGAUAAACCCUCAGUCUUCCAACUCCGGGACUAGCACCUCGGUGAGAGUCUGCUGGAGCCUGUUCUCGGAUGACACAGUUGAAUAUUAUGAACUUUACUACAAGCCCGUACUGGAAAACGUGACAGCGGAUGAAAAUGAAGCGCAGAGUGAAGCCAUGGUAAAAGUUAAAGAAACGUACUACACGGUGACCAAUUUAGAGCCAAACACGCAAUAUGAAUUCUGGGUGACAGCGCUGAACACCACAGGCAUCAGCCCGGCGAGCGAAAGAGCAGUUUACAUGACAGUACCUUCACCUCCUGUUAUUUUGAGUAAGGAGUGCCGGAGCUGUCCCAACGCCGCGCUGAUCCGAUGGGAAUCGGGAAACACCAAUCCGGUGGAUUCAUACACCGUGGAGUUGUGCGAGCUGACCCGCGAGAGGAAUGAGAACACGGUCACUGAGUCCAUCGUCGGGAUUCCUACAUGUGAAUCUCUUAUUCAGUUACAGUCUGGACGGCACUACAUCAUCUAUGUCAGGGCAGUGAAUAUAGGUGGCCCGAGCGACGGGAGUCAGCCUAUCACAAUUCAUACAACAGGCACAUUUUUCCACCUGAAUGAGGAAACGGCUCAUCCCAGCCUCUCUAUUUCUGAAGAUGGGUUCACCAUGUUUUACGGAGAUGAAUACUCCGAUAUCAGCGACAUGAACUUUGGAGAUAACAGUUUUGCAAGAUGUGUGGCCAUCAUGGGAGAGCUGAUACCAGUUAAAGGAAAGCAUUACUGGGAGGUAGAAGUGGAAGAGAAUACGGAAUACAGGAUUGGUGUGGCCUAUGAAGACACACAGAGGAAUGGCUACCUUGGAGGAAACAACACAUCCUGGUGCAUGAGGCACAUCAUCACUCCGUCAAGACAUAAAUAUGAAUUUCUGCAUAAUGGAGCAUCUCCCGAUAUAAGGAUUAGCAUUCCACCAAAGAGAAUAGGAGUGCUUCUGGACUAUGACUCUGGAAACCUAUCAUUUUUCAACACUGACCUUGGUCAGCACCUCCACACGUACAAAUGUCAGUUUCUCCACUAUGUUCAUCCUUGUUUUGCAUUAGACAAACCUGGUGCCCUCACAGUGCACAAUGGAAUUGAAAGUCCUGACUAUGUGCACAUUUUCUAACAGGCUAGAAAUAGAUUGUAACCGUAAACAAAAAAAAAAAAAGUGAAGCAUUCAUUACAAGGGAGAACUGAUGACUCCAUUAAACUACACAAUCUUGUCUUAAAUACGCAGCAGCAGAAGACAUGGAAUUGACAGA